AUGAGCGAGAAUCAUAUAAAAGCUUCUUCGAAGAAGCUCUCCCCCUCUUUCUUUCUCAAAUCAAUCUUGAUUUCUGGCAGCUCGGGGGGGGGGGGGUUCGUCCGCUGGGUCAUUUUCUUUUGUCCCUGGCUGGACAGAGACGAAGACUCGGUGUUGGACCUGCUCCUUCUUGCGCUCAGUGUUGUCGCCGAGUUGCUUCUUGUCGCCGCUUCAUGCGGCAUUGGGCGCCGAGCCCUCGGCGCCCCCCAAAAAUUCAGCGCCUGCGGCAAACGGCUCUCGCAUGCCAUGCGGAGGGUGUCAGGGGUCACUGUCCUCUUCCGUUGA